GCACCGAGUGUCGUUGAAGAAGGUUGACUCUAUAACUCAGAGGAGAGCGAGGAUGCUGCGAGAAGCUCUACUAGUAGUGGUGUUGUGUGUACUAGGUCCUGCUCUCUCCUGCAAGUACUGGUGUAAGAUCCCAGACUCUACCUCCUACAAGUGUUGUGAUGACAACCACCCUUACUACACUAACAAGGGUUCCCCCAGUAACUGCUACUACUACUGUGUCUACGAUAGUGAUGUCUAUUGUUGUGCAGAUACUUCCAUGCCUAUACCACCGAACCAUGACCCUCAUGACGGUCGGUGUCCUGAGGAAGAAGAGCAGGUGUGCAAGAGCUCUGGCAUCUUCCUUGCAAUAAAAAAGGCAAAGGUGGCCAAGACUUCAGGCACAGUUCAGUUAGUAUCAGGAGAGGGUAAGCAGCAGCCCAAUUGCGCCUCUGAUGGGUAUUGCUCCCAGGAACAAAAGUGUUGCCCCAGCAAGUGCGCCCGCAAGCACAUCUGUAUGUUGAGCCUCAACAAAACAGGAAACCACGAGGAUGAAGAUUAGUGUUGUGGACAACAUGAUAGAGUGCAAGGGAAAACAUUUUGAGAGCACCUGAGCCACAAUUGUACGUGGGACAUCAGUAAACAUGUCAAAAGUGGAUAAAAACCAUAGGUAAACAUGUGAUAACUGGACAAGGGACACUAGUAAACAUGCCAAAACUGGACCAGAGAUGUCGGUAAAAAAGUCAGAACUGGACAGGUACAUAAAUAAACAUACCCGAACUGGAAAUAGACUGGACAAUUCGCAAAAGUAAACACGCCGGAUCUAAGACCCAUAUGACCAAGACUUUUGUCAGGAGAAAUUUCCUCAUUUUUAAUGUUUAGCAAAGCACCAUCAGCACGCCACAACGCAUGAUUUAAUUAUGUUUAACUAAAAAAUAAGGCAAAUUAUAACAGGAAAUUAACCCUUUUCCCAUGGCAAAAACUUGAAAUGUAUGUAUUUCUUCCUCCAAAAGAUAAUAAUAAUAAUAAUAAUAUUUAAAAAUUUUAACAGAUUAACAGAACUGAGCAAUAAGCAUUGAUGACCAAAGUUGUUCAGUUUAUAUCUC